AUGAGAAUACUUGACCCAAUAUUUGGAAAAAUUAGCUAUAUAUAAACCAUUGACUAUAAAAGAAUGAGAUUUUCUUUCUAUAACGAAUUGCCAAAUCUUAAAAAUGAUUUAGUUUUGAAGGCAAGCAAAUAACCUUACUUAUUCAUUAAACUUAAUCAAAAUGAUGAAUUGACCAUGAAUUGUAGGGCUCCAAUUUAUGGAUUUUACUCAAAUAUGCAAUAAAUCAAGUCAGAGUUUAAAGUUUUUUAUUGA